GGGAAGGGUGAAAGCCGCGGGGGCGGGGCCAUUCCACGCCUUUUUUAUGUGAGUGUGUGUGUGUGGAGGGGGAGACGCUACUUGGUCUCUCCCGAUCGCCCUCUGGCAGUUGGGGCUGUUCUCGCGGCGAACGUUGGAGAGAAGGAAGCAGACGGAGGAGGCGAAGGAGAGUCCGCGCCGGGCGGGCAGGCAGGCGGGCGGGCGCGCGAAGCGAAAGCAGCGGCCGGUUCUGACCGACCGACUGACGGACGAAAAAAGAAAGAAAGAAAGAAAGAGAGCUGGGAAAACGAAGCAGCGCGGAUCCGCCGACGGAGUCGUUAUUUUUAUUGUUAUUUUUUUUUAAAAAAAUUAAUUUUGUGGUUGCCCCGCAUGGGAUUGUAGCGGCGACAACAAGAACAACAACAGUGGCGGCGGCCCCAUGUUUUCUCCCAGCCAGGAGGAGCACUGCGCGCCCAACAAGGAGCCCGUCAAAUAUGGGGAGCUCGUGGUACUGGGGUACAAUGGCUCCCUCCCUAAUGGUGAUAGGGGGCGUAGGAAAAGCAGGUUUGCUCUCUAUAAGAGACCCAAAGCAAAUGGUGUCAAACCCAGCACAGUUCACGUGAUUUCAACACCUCAGGCAUCCAAGGCCAUCAGUUGCAAAGGGCAGCAUAGCAUCUCUUACACGUUGUCAAGAAACCAGACGGUUGUAGUGGAAUACACACAUGAUAAAGAUACAGAUAUGUUUCAGGUUGGCAGAUCAACAGAGAGCCCCAUAGAUUUUGUUGUAACAGAUACAAUUUCUGGCAGCCAAAACAGUGAUGAAACUCAGAUCACCCAAAGCACUAUCUCCAGGUUUGCAUGCCGCAUUGUCUGCGACAGGAACACACCAUAUACAGCCAGAAUCUUUGCAGCAGGAUUUGAUUCAUCUAAAAACAUAUUUCUUGGGGAAAAAGCAGCAAAGUGGAAGAAUCCUGACGGACACAUGGAUGGUUUAACAACCAAUGGUGUUCUAGUCAUGCAUCCAAAAGGAGGGUUCACUGAAGAAUCUAAACCUGGAGUCUGGCGGGAAAUUUCAGUUUGUGGCGAUGUGUAUACUCUGCGUGAAACAAGAUCUGCUCAGCAAAGAGGCAAGCUAGUAGAAAAUGAAACCAACGUCCUCCAAGAUGGCUCUCUCAUUGAUCUAUGUGGAGCCACACUCCUGUGGAGAACGGCAGAUGGCUUAUUUCACACACCGACUCAGAAACACAUAGAGGCUCUACGGCAAGAGAUCAACGCAGCGCGGCCCCAGUGCCCUGUGGGGCUGAACACACUGGCAUUUCCCAGCAUCAACCGCAAAGAAGUGGUAGAAGAGAAACAGCCAUGGGCUUACCUCAGCUGUGGCCAUGUCCAUGGCUAUCACAACUGGGGACAUCGUAGUGACACAGAAGCCAAUGAGCGUGAGUGUCCUAUGUGCAGAACCGUUGGUCCCUAUGUGCCUCUCUGGCUUGGGUGUGAGGCAGGCUUUUAUGUUGAUGCUGGUCCACCAACUUAUGCUUUCACUCCUUGUGGGCAUGUGUGCUCAGAGAAGUCUGCCAAAUACUGGUCCCAAAUCCCACUGCCACAUGGUACUCAUGCGUUCCAUGCUGCCUGCCCUUUCUGCGCUACCCAGCUGUCUGGAGAUCAGAACUGUGUCAAACUGAUUUUUCAGGGUCCAAUUGACUGAUGAUGCCAUUUUACAAAUGACCACGAUAAAGCUCACAUGGUUAACAAUUUACUGUGAAGAUAAAAAAUUUGCCACUAACUCUAGAUUUUACCUUUUUAUAGGAUUGUUAUUCAUGAGGGCUUCUUUGGGGUGGGGAAUCAUCUGGGAGUAACAUGGGGUGUGGUGGUACCUUGAUACCUGGAACCAAACAUGAUUAGUGGCAUUGCAUGCUCAACAGCGGCAUGUUCAUGAUGACAUCUUCUUGGUCAAAUUGUAAUAUUUUUUUCUUAGUACCCUUGAUCAGAAGAAAAAUAAUGCCAAUGUCUUAAUGAUUUUUUAAUCUUGGAUUUUUUAACAGAAAGACUUUUCUUCUAAACUUUGACAAGCCUUUAAGACACAUAUUUUUUCAACCUAAAAGGAGCGUGCAGAAUGUAAUUUGUCUGUUCUUUUCUCUCUCUUUUUAAUUUGCAAUAUAACUAACUUGAAUAGUUCAUUCUCAAGGAGGAUGUACUGAAUGUGUGGGCAAACCUGGGUGAAUGUUCACUAGUCACAUGCAUUAAACAAGCCGUGAACACAAAAGGUUGGCUUCAUGAACAAUAGCACAAGCACAAAAAUAUUAUGGAAUUCUGCAGUGUGGUCUAAUGCAGCUGUCCAAAAAAACACAAAUUACUUGAAAUUUGGAGAUUGUUGUCUGUGGUCACUUUCCGCGUUAAUGUCUUUUUGACACAGAAGUUACCCUUGCAUGUUCUUCCUGUAUUUAACAUUACUUGUAAAGCAUAAUGUGGAAAAGUUUAAGAUACGGGUUAUCUGGUCCAACAGAUGUGUUAGGUCACAUUUCUUGAUGUGCAAAAGAUUAGUUCCUGAGUUUGCUUCUGACUUUUCUGAGGCAACUCAACUGUCUGGCAGCCACUGUGCUAUCAUCCUGCCCUGUUUUUUAUGGCCUUCACACAUCACGGUAUUGUUCUAUAAAGCCCAGCAUUAGUCUGAUUUGUGACCAAUUUGGGGCCUCUUCAUAUGUUACCACAGUGCUGCAGGAGCUACUUUUCUAUGGCUUCAUCUCAUGCCAUUGUUGUGUAUUUGAAUGACUCUGCUGUGUGGUUCUGAUCUAUAUGUCCUUCCCACCAAGGUUGGUCUUGCCUAUGUAGCUUCAUCGUUUUCAGGUGUUGCUGCAGCACCAUGAAGCCAUGGAAAAGUGGCUCCUUCACCAGUGCGGGAACAUAGGAAUGAAUCCUUUGUGAUAACAUGAAAGUAGUUUUCAUGAAAACCCAGUGGUGAUAAGGCCUUUUCAGCUUUCAAUCUGAUAUCAUUUGUAUUAUUUUUUUACAUGUAUACAGUUACCGUCACCAUUUAAACAAUUUUCUGUUCAUUUCUAAUUCUUCCUUUCCCUUUUUUCUCUCUUGGUAUUGCUUGCCCUUGCAUGUCUUGGACCUGUGAGCAAAUUGAAAUGUAGUGACUUGGUAUAUAUUCGAGUGGCUGCAUUGCUGCAUAGAAAGAUUUUGGCCUGGUCUUUUGCAGAACAUAACAUAUGCUGCCCAUGAUCUGAUAGUCAGUUUGGGACACUGUUUGAGUCUUAAGCAUAAGAGUCACCAGGAAUCCCCUUGCAGAUAGUUAAGUAUUUGGUAGCUAUUUUGGAAUCAGUAAUUAAAAAUAAGCUGUUUUGUUAAGACUGCUUCUAUGAUGCUAUCAAAUGUGCAAGCAUCCUUCAAUAGUUUAACACUGUUGGUUUGUUAACUUUUCAGUUUGCCAGCUGUCCUCCCCCCCCCUUUAUUUUGAGAUUCAAAGAAAUACCAAAUGUCACUGUUAAAUACCCAGGAUUAAUUUAUGUUGUAGGUGACUUGAAAUUCCUGAUUUGGGAUGAGUGAGUGGGAUUGUGGGAAAGGAAGCAAGUUAGUGCUCACUCUGAAACUAGUAGAAUGGGAUUUCAUGUACUAAACAAUCCCUGCAGUAUUAGCAUUUUCAUUUCCCCCCAAAUAUUUUCAUGUUUUUUUCUGCAUUUGUGGUAUCAGAGGUAUUAGUUCUUCAAUGUUGGCAUGAAAAAGAACCCACAGGGAAAACUUCAUUGCAUAUCUGAAGUGAAUCUGGUAGUUUGGAUCUCCGUUUUAUUAAAGUCACAGCAAUCCCUUUGCUAUAUUUGUGUUCUUUGUAUAAAUAUAUAAUUUAUAUGAUUUUAAUAUAUUGUGUAUAUACUUGAAUUGGCCUGUUCAUAUUUUGGAUGUAAUAUUGUUUUACAGUUAACCUUUUAAACAUUUUCAAAUGUUCAUUACCCUUUGGGUGAUUGGGCAUGUUGUUUUUAUCUGCUGCUGUUUAAUACAAUUUUGCUGUAUAAAAGGUUUCCGCAUUUUAAGUUGAUACAUCAA